AUGAACGAAAAAGGGAUUAGUAAUUUUGAAAGAGUUGUUAAAAUUUGUUUAUGGCUGGCUGUCUUCCUUUCCUGGAACUCUGGAGUUGUGCUAAUCUGCAUUGGAGUAUCUGUUCACAUGAAGCUCUAUGAUGCUUAUGUGGUGAUAAAUGAUGCUGCUUCAAAAGUCCCUGUGAUCAUAAUGGUUAUUGGCACACUUGUCGCCCUUGUGUCAGCCAUUGGGGGAAGUGCUCUACGAUCACAGUGUCCUUACAUGCUCAAAUUGUUCAUAGGCUUAUUGUUGGCACUGUUGGUACUUGAAAUCACAGUUGGUGCUGCCGCCUACACUUGCAGACAUAAGUUGCAUCAGACUUUCUUGAGCGAUACCUUGAAGACAUUGGACAAAUAUAGUGAAGAAGUGCAGAUCACCAAACGGGUGGACUCCUUACAGACAGAGUUCCAAUGCUGUGGUGCAGAGAACUAUACCGAUUGGCUGAACACAACAUUUGGAUCUCUCUCUUCAUCUGUCCCAAUAAGCUGUUGCAGAGUGCCUGUGGAAAACUGCAUCACAGAUCUAAGCAAAAACACAGCAGGCAUUAACCAGCAGGGGUGUGUUCUAAAACUGAAUAAUUGGGUUGAAGAGCACAUUGCUAUACUUGGAGGGGUUGGGAUUUUUGUUGGAGUUGCACAGCUAACUGGGAUUCUAUUUGCCUAUCUGCUGCUGAAAACGCUAAAAGAAACUUAUGAACAUAUUGAGUAA